CUGCUCUGUAACCACAGCGAGCCAACCCUCACACGCACCGUGCACGGCCAGUACGCUCGGCUCGGCUCGGUUCGGUUCGGUUCAGCUUGGCUCAGCUCGGAACCGUCCACAGCAACAUGCAGGAUGGCGAGCAUGGAGACAGCCGCCGAACAUGAACGCAUCCUGCGGGAGAUAGAGAGCACCGACUCCAACUGCAUCGGACCGACCCUCCGGUCGGUGUACGAUGGACAGGAACAUGGCCUCUUCGUGGAGAAGCUGGACAUGCGGAUCCGGAACCACGACAGGGAGAUCGAGAAGAUGUGCAACCAUCACUUCCAGGGGUUCGUGGACUCCAUCACAGAGCUGCUCAAAGUACGAGGGGAGGCGCAGAAGCUGAAGAGUCAAGUGACUGAGACCAACAAGCAUCUUCAGGAUGACGGCAAAGUGCUCAUCACCUCCAUGGAGGAACUGCAGCAGUGUCGAGUCCAGCAGAGAAACAUCGCCACCACCAUCGACAAACUGUCCCACUGCCUCCCAGUCCUGGAGAUGUACAGCAGACUGCAGGAGCAGAUGAGACUUAAAAGGUACUACCCGGCGCUGCGGACGUUGGAGCAGCUGGAGCAGACAUGUCUCCCCCGGGCGGGUCAGUACCGGUUCUGCUCCAUCAUGGCAGAGAACAUCCCCAAGCUGAGGACGCAGAUCCGGGACACUGCCAUGACGCAGCUGAGGGACUUCCUGGAGAGCAUCCGGAAACACUCGGAAAAGAUCGGAGAGACGGCCAUCAGACAGGCCCAGCUCCAGUGCUCGAUGGACAGCUCCAUCUCCUCCAAGCCGAGGGCCCUGAUUGGCCGACGUGGCAGGAAGGAGGCGGCGGCGUUGACAGGCGCGGGGACCGACAGCGGGGGACCAGGUGGCAGUCCGGCUUCAGAACAGGACUCGGGUAUUCUGGAUGUGGAGGAGGAAGGGGAGGAGGAUGAAGUCCCAGGAGCUCAGGACUUGGUGGAUUUCUCUCCAGUCUACAGCUGUCUGCAUAUCUACACUGUGCUGGGUUUGCGUGAUGUGUUUGAGAACUACUACAGAAAGCAGAGGAGGAAACAGGCUCGCCUCGUGCUGCAGCCGCACUCUAACAUGCAUGAAACCUUGGAGGGAUACAGGCGGUACUUCAACCAGAUUGUCGGGUUCUUUGUGGUGGAGGAUCACGUUCUUCACACCACCCACGGGUUGGUCAACAGGGCGUACGUCGAGGAGCUGUGGGAGCUGGCGCUGUCCAAAAUAGUCGCUGCCCUCCGGACGCACUCGUCGUACUGUGACGACCCCGACCUGGUGCUGGACCUGAAGAACCUUAUUGUCCUCUUUGCUGAUACACUGCAGGGUUACGGGUUCCCGGUGUCCCAGCUGUUCGACAUGCUGCUGGAGAUCCGGGAGCAGUACGGAGAGAUCCUGCUGAAGAGGUGGAACAUCGCCUUCAGGCAGGUGCUGGAUCAAGAUAACUUCAGUCCGAUCCCAGUGUCGACAGAGGAAGAGUUCAGACACUACACCUCCCUGUUUCCCCUGCAAGACCCUGAACUGGAAAAGCUUCCCUUCCCCAAGAAGCUCCCCUUCUCCGAGUUUGUGCCAAAAGUCUACUGUCAACUCAAAGAGUUCAUCUACGCCUGUUUGAAAUACUCUGAGGAUCUUCACCUCAGUUCCACGGAGGUAGACGAUAUGAUCCGCAAGUCGACAAAUCUGCUGCUGACCAGAACCCUCAGCCACUGUCUGCACUACGCCAUUAAGAAGAAGAAUGUCGGGCUGGCAGAGUUGGUGCAGGUGAUCAUUAACACCACCCACCUGGAGCAGUGCUGCCAAUUCCUGGAGGAGUUUAUAUCAAACAUCACCAACGUUCCUCCCGACAUGGCCAACGCCACCAAGCUGUACGGGACGUCCACCUUCAAGGACGCCCGUCACGCGGCGGAGGCGGAGAUCUACACCAACAUCAACGCCAAGAUCGACCAGUUCCUGCAGCUGGCUGACUACGAUUGGCUGACGGCGGUGCAGGGAGGCGGGACUGUGGCCGCCAGCGACUACCUGGUCGACCUCAUCGCUUUUCUGAACAGCACGUUCAGCGUCUUCACCAACCUGCCUGGUAAAGUGGCUCAGACGGCCUGCAUGUCGGCCUGUAAACACAUCUCCACCUCGCUGAUGCAGCUGCUGCUCGACCCCGAGAUCCGACAGAUCUCCAUGGGAGCUCUGCACCAGCUCAACGCCGACGUCAAGGAGUGCGAGAGUUUUGCCAGAGCCGGCCCGGUCGCAGGCUUCCAGGGUGACACGUUGCUUCUGGCCUUCAGUGACUUGAGACAAUUACUGGAGCUGUUCACCGAGUGGGACUGGUCCACGUAUCUCGCUGACUACGGCAAAUCCACCUGCAAAUACCUGAGAGUGAACCCACACACUGCACUGGUCCUGCUGGAGAAGAUGAAGGAGACGAGCAGGAAGAACAACGUCUUCGCUCAGUUCAGGAAGACGGACAGAGACCGACAGAAACUCAUCGACACCGUCAUCAAGCAGCUACGCAACCUCAUCGCACAGCACCACGCCUGA